UGCAGGGGCCCAUCGGCUGGCCCAGAACAGACGGCGACACCUUACACCGCAGACGGCGAGGAAACACUCAGCCUCACCCUGCCACACUCAGAUGAAUAAAAGAUGCCCACAAAAGAGAAAAAAACAGCAGAAACCGAAGAAAGGGAUGACGAAGGAGAGGAGAAGGAGCCAAAAGUGAAAGGAAAGAGUAAGAGGAAUGCAGACAAGAAGACGAGACACAAGAGCUCAGAGGAGAACACGGGGAACACCGAGACUCACACAGAGGAGAAAAGAAAGAAGAGUGGAUCGGUAAAAGAGAAAAAUACAAAGGAAAAAGAAGGUCAAGAGACUGAAGAUGGUCAGGUGACAGAGAAUGACAACAGGACGGAUGAACAAAACAACAAUGAGCCCAUCAAAAAAGAAAAACGGACCAAAGAGAAAUCCUCAAACGAGGAACGGGACAAAAAAGAGGUAAAGAAAGAGAAGAAAAAGAAGAGUAAGCCAUCAGAAAACAAAGAAGGAGAAGAAGACAUGGGGUCAAAGGAGAAGAAGAGCAAAGAUGAUAAGAAGAAGAAGAAGAAGUCGGCUGAGGAUGAGGAGGCCGUGCCGGAGGAGGCCGAGGAAGAGGAGGAUAAAAAGAAGAAGAAAAAGGAUAAGAAGAAAAAGAAAGGGUCAGAGAGCGACGAGGAGAAGAAACCCAAAAAGGGAAAGAAGUCAAAGGUCAAACAGGUAGACUAUGCUGAGUUGUACCAGGAGGAACUGCUGAACUAUCAUACGGAAGAAUCAGAUGAUCAGGAAGAUGAGUUCAACAAAAAGAAAGUGUACGAGGUGGUGACCAUCACAGGUGAUGUUAAAGGGGCGGGGACUGAUGCUAAUGUGUUCGUCACCAUGUAUGGAGAGUAUGGAGUGACUCCUAAAGUUCAUCUGGCCAGCAAGAGCAGAACGGCUUUCGAAAAGAACAAAACCGACGUCUUUCGGAUCAAAACACACAAUGUUGGGCCAAUAAAGAAAAUUAGAAUCGAACAUGAUAACACAGGCAUGAGUGCCAGCUGGUUCCUGGACCGGGUCAUCGUGACUGACAUGAACAGGCCACACCUCCGAUUCUUUUACGCCUGCAACAAUUGGCUGAGCAGAGAGGAGGGGGAUGGACUUACCGUUCGAUAUCUGUUGGGCAGCCUCAACCCCAUGGACAUCCCAAAACAAAACAAGUACAUCGCCAGUGUGUUCACUAUGGAUGCCAAAGGCAGUGGAACUGAUGCUGAUGUCUACCUCAAUAUAUUUGGAGAAUUUGGAGACACAGGAGAACGGAAGCUGGCUAGUGAGGGGAAGGAUAAUUUUGAACGUGGUAACGAGGACAAAUUCACCAUAGAGGCCCCAAAUCUUGGCAGACUUCGAAAAAUCUCCAUCGGACACAACAACAAGGGGUCUUCUGCAGGCUGGGCCUGUGACAAAGUUGUAAUUGACGACAUGGGAAAUAAGGAAGUCUAUGAGUUUCCUGUUGAUGCCUGGUUUGACAUCUCAGAAGGGGACGGUAAAAUACAAAGAGAUGUGCUUGUCGGAGCCACACAGCCAAUGGCAAUCGUGUAUAAUGUACAGGUGAUGACCGGCGAUGUUCGUGGUGCUGGAACUAACUCAAAGAUCCAUCUUGUAAUGCACGGUUACAAGGGAAUUAAAAACAGUGGGAAAUUAUUCCUGGAGGGCGGCACGUUUGAGCGCGCUCAGAUUGACAUCUUUAACGUCGAGCUCCUGGAACUGCUCAGUCCACUCAGCCGAGUCACAAUCGGACAAGACAACGCUGGGAUCGGCUGCGGUUGGUAUUGUGAAAAGGUGACCGUAUACUGCUCGUUCACAGGUAUAGAGCAGGUAUUUCCGUGCGACCGGUGGUUGGAUGAAGAUGAAGGGGAUGGACUCGUUGAGAGAGAACUCUAUGAGAUGGUCUCACUGAGACAGAAAAAACAAAAGAAAUUCCCCUGGUCUCUGUGGAUCUUUACAUCAGAAAUGAAAGGAGCUGGCACGGAUGCACAGGUGUUUCUGCAGGUGUACGGCGAGAACGGCAAGAGCGAUGAGAUGAAACUUGAGAGCAAAUCAGACAGUUUCGAACAGGGACAGUGUGACAAAUUCAUCAUUGAGAUGCCCGAGAUUGGCAAGAUACGCAAGCUGAGAAUCUGGCACGAAAAGAGGCAUCCGUUCUCUGGCUGGCAUCUUGGCAGGGUCACAUUGAUGAAGACCCUUACUAGAGAGAAAUACUCAUUUGCCUGUAACCGCUGGUUGGACAUCAACGAAGAUGACAAUGAGAUCGUCAGAGAACUGCCAUCUACUGGACCACUAGUGCCAGAACCUUUACCACUUCUGAAGUAUCGUGUAACAAUUUGCACGGGAAACAUCAGCGGAAGUGGCACAGAUGCAAGUGUUUAUUUAAAUGUUUUUGGUGACUUGGGCGACACCGGUGAGCGUCUGAUGUUCAUGAGCAAAAACAACGUCAACAAGUUCGAGAAAGGAAACGCUGAUGAGUUUUUGAUAGAGGCCGUCACUCUGGGACAGAUCAGGAGGAUUCGAAUAGGUCACGACGGGCGGGGCGGAGGCUGUGGUUGGUUCCUGGACAAGGUGAUGAUCAGAGAGGAGGGGCAGCCUGAGGCCACAUCCAUUGAGUUUCCAUGUUACAGGUGGUUGGAUCGUAAUGAGGAUGAUGGGCAGAUUGUGAGAGAGUUGGUCCCCACUGAUGAUGGUCAACGCUUGUUUACUGUUGGUUAUCACAUUGCGAUAAAGACGGGCAGUAUUAAUGGUGCCAGCUCAGACUCUAAGGUGUUUGUGAAGCUGUACGGGGAGAAAGGGGACACCAACAAGAUGCUGCUAGUCGUGUCUGAUAACGACCUGGGGAACUAUUUCGAGACGGGACAGACAGACAUCUUCACCAUAGAGACCUUUGACAUUGGCAAGAUAAACAGGUUGCUGAUUGGCCACACUAAUGAGGGCCUGCGAGCUGGUUGGUUCCUAGACAGUGUUCAGAUGUGGGUGCCCGUGCACGGAGUGCAGUACAUGUUCCCUUGCCACCGCUGGCUCUGUAAGGAUGAGGCUGAUGGGAAAGUAGAGGUGGAGAUCUACCCGAGUGAGACACUGGAGAUUGAGAAGUUGGUCAAUUAUGAGGUCACAGUGGUGACGGGGGACGUUUGGGCUGCAGGGACCAAUGCAAAUGUCUUCCUGCAGAUUUACGGUGAAGAGGGUAAAACUGAACUAAUACAGCUCAAGAGCCGAUCCAACAAUUUUGAGAGAGGAACCACUGAGAUCUUUAGGAUUGAGGCUCCAGAUGUGGGGCCGGUUUAUAAGAUCCGGAUUGGUCAUGAUGGAUCGGGAAUAGGGGCUGGAUGGUUUCUGGAGAAAGUCGAUGUUAAACGGCUGAUCAUGGCGAUGGUGAAGCCAGAGAAGAAAGAGGAGGACAAGAAAGACAAGAAGAAGAAAAAGAAGAAAAAGGACGAAGAGGAGGAGUCCCCAGGUGAAUUGAAGGAAGUCGUUCGAUCCUUCAGUUUCCCAUGUGGCCGAUGGCUUGCUCGUAGCGAAGAGGAUGGAGAAAUACUCGUAGAGUUGUGUGCAGAAGGUUAUGAAGAUCUGGAAGGUAAAAAGAGAAAGAGAAGGAAAGUCAAUGCUUCACUAUCAAAAAGAACCGUGGCAUUACUUUGGUAUUUUGGACAUCUGCUGCCUGGUACCAUGUCAUUGAAACGCACCAUGUUAUUUAUCAAAUUUCAUCAUGGUGCAUCCAAAAUACUUUUUCAAAAGGAGAACACAUAUGAAGUUCACGUGUUCACCGGGACCAUGCUGGGGGCCGGAACAGACGCAGCUGUUUUCAUCAACCUCUAUGGAGAAAUGGGCGACACGGGUGAGAGAAAACUACGCAAGUCAAACCACCUCAACAAGUUUGAGCGUGGCCAGGAGGAUGUGUUUACGAUCACUGGGAUGGAUCUGGGACUGUUGAAAAAACUGAGAAUUCGUCAUGACAACAAGCAGGCGAACGCUGCCUGGUACCUGGACCGCGUCGAGAUCUUUGAUACGAAAGAAGAAACCAUGUAUUUUUUUCCAUGCCAGCGCUGGUUGGCAGUUGAUGAAGAUGACGGACAGUUGGGCCGUGAGUUAGUGCCCGUGGACGAGGCCUUCAUGAAAAGAGAUGAAGAUGAUGAAGAUGAGUCAUCACCUGCUCAGCUCGGACUAGAACAAAAAGCCAUGUCAACUACAUUUACAAUGAGAGUAAAAACAGGGGAGAGGAAGUAUGCUGGAACAGAUGCAAAUGUUUUCGCUAUUCUUUAUGGAACCAAAGAUGACACAGGAAUCCUUAAUCUAAAGGCUUCUAAGAACCAUAAGAACAAGUUUGAGUUUGGAAUGAUUGACGAGUUCACCAUAGAGGCUGUGACCAUUGGAAAACUCAAGAGAAUCCGAAUUGGACAUGACAAUGCAGGUGGAUCUCCGGGCUGGUUUCUAGACUGGGUGGAGAUCGAUGCUCCGUCUCUAGGGCAGCUGUUACGAUUUCCAUGUGGCCGUUGGCUGGAUAAAGGAGAAGAUGAUGGUGCUAUUGUCAGAGACCUGUACCCUAAUGAACUACAGACAGUUCAAUACACACCCUUUGUUCCUUAUGAGAUUCAAAUCUUCACCAGCGAUAUAUUUGCUGCGGGAACAGAUGCAGAUGUCUUCAUCAUUCUAUAUGGUCAGAAUGGAGUCUGCACAUCUCAGAAAUCACUCUGUGUUAAUAAGAGAGAGAGGAGGAUGUCCUUUGAACGCGGGGCUGGAGACAUGUUCAUUGUAGAGUUGGAGGACAUUGGAGAUAUCAUUGAGAAAAUCCGGAUUGGUCACGAUAAUCGUGGGGUGUAUCCUGGAUGGCAUCUUGACCGUGUGGAAAUUCGCAGACUGCUCCGGAAAGGGAAGGGCUCUGAGACAGCAAUAUUCCCAUGUGAAGGAUGGUUGGCUCGCUCAGAGGAAGAUGGUGAGACAAUUCGAGAAUUGGUGCCAUCUGACAUCAUCGUUAUGAAACUGUCACGAGAUGGUACUCUUAAAGUCAUCGAGACGGAGGUGGAUGACGCACUGGAGAUACAUACAUAUACAGUGACAGUAACCACAGGGGACGUGUAUGGUGCGGGCACUGAUGCCAACGUGUUCAUCACGCUUUUCGGAGACAUGGGCGACACUGGAGAGCGCAAACUCAGCAAAUCAGAGAACAGCAACAAGUUUGAGAGGGGAUCGGUGGACACGUUCACCCUGGAGGCGGUAGAUCUGGGCCAUGUGUUCAAGAUUCGCGUUCGUCAUGACAACAGCAUGCUGAGUGCGGAUUGGUACCUGGAUCAGGUGGAGGUUCUCGACCAGGACACGGAGGAAGUGUUUCUGUUUCUGUGUGAGCGAUGGCUGUCUCGAAAGAAAGAAGACAAACGGAUCGAUAGGGUCUUCUACGUUAAGGGGUUUGAGGGAGAGCGAGAGACUGCCUUCUGUCCAAUUAAAAAAGUGACGAGUCUGGACAGUAACAUGAACAAGAAGAAAAAGAAACGACACUCAGAGGAAGAUGAGGAAGAGGAAGAAGGAUCAUUGAUCCCGUACCACUUCUCGGUGAUGACGGGUUUGGACAGGGAUGCAGGGACAUACAGCCGAGCGUACGUCAUCAUUGUAGGAAAGAAGCACAACAUGACGGAUCGCCUCUGGCUCGACUUAGAUGGGAAAAAUGGUUUCCAGCCUGGAUCUCUGAAUUACUUCACCUGUUACGGUGCUGAUGUUGGAGAAAUCAAAAAAGUGGAGUUGGGUCAUGAUGGUGCGACUCCUGAUAGCUGCUGGUUGGUCGAGGAAUUGUCCGUUGAGGUGCCCACUAAAGCAGUGCGCUACGUCUUCCACUGUAAUUGCUGGUUGGCCAAAGACAGAGGAGACGGACUCACCGCUCGCAUCCUAAACAUACAGGAUGCUGAAAUGAUCAACAUCUCACUGAAGGUGAUCUAUGAGGCAACUGUGACAACAGGAGAUGUUCAGCAUGCAGGGACAGACACACAGAUUUACAUCACUGUGUUUGGAGUUUAUGGCACCUCAGAGGAGAUGCUACUGCCAAAAUUAGAGGACAGGUUUGAGCGAGGGCAGGUGGACACAUUUAAUCUGGAGAUUGAGGAUAUUUCUCCUUUGAGAAAAAUGAGAGUGCGUGUAGAUGGUUCCGGAAGCAGACCUGACUGGUUUCUCGAUAAGAUUGAACUGCAUAACCUGCAGAUGGAAGAGGUGGCGUUGUUUACAUAUGAGGAUUGGCUGUCUCGCUCGUAUGGACCCAAACGAACACUCAUUUGCGAGAUGCCUGCUGUGAUAAAUGAUGAAGAAAUGGUGGAGCUCACCAUCUACACCGUUUCUGUGAAGACUAGCGACGCAACCGGCGCAGGAACCGAUGCUAAUGUGUGGAUGAUUAUUUUUGGUGAGAAUGGAGACACUGGAACUCUAACCCUGAAAGAGAGCAACAACACCAAUAAGUUUGAACGCAAACAGAUGGACACAUUCCGUUUCCCUGACAUCCUUAGCUUGGGUGAACUCUCGAAAGUACGCGUUUGGCACGACAACUCAGGUCUGGCUUCUGGUUGGCACCUGGAGUAUGUGGAUGUGCAUGAUGACAUCUUGGGGAAGAAAUUUCGAUUUCAGUGCGACCGCUGGCUCGCCAAGAAUGAAGAUGAUGGACAGAUAAUGAGAGAGCUUGCAUGUGCCAACAAUGAUGCAUUAGAUUUCGACGAAAAAACAAAAUAUGAGAUUCAGGUAACAACAGCGGAUACAGAUGAUGCAGAAACCAAAGAGAACGCCUGGAUCGUUCUAGAAGGGAAGAAAGGCCGUUCUAAAGAGUUUGUGAUGGAGAACUCAACAAAGAAGAAGCGUUUCUUACAAGGCUCUACGGACAGUUUUGUGUUCUCCUCUAAGGAGCUGGGAGACAUCGCUGGGAUCUGUCUGGGACAUAUCCCUAAAGAUGGCAAGAAAGUCAAAUCUGAGGCCUCUUGGGGUGUGGAGGAGGUUGUUGUGACGGAGAAGGAGUUAGGCAAUAGGUAUAUCUUUUGUUGUAACACCACAAUCCCUCUGUCCUCGAAACGAGAUGAGUUCCAGACCUUCGAGUGCACCAAAUUCAUCGAGAGUUUUGCUAGCAAGGCCCAAAGCCUCGUUCCUGUCAAAUACGAGAUCAUCGUCAUCACUGGCGACGAAAAGGGUGCAGGCACCGACGCCAACGUCUACGUCACCGUCUUUGGCUCCAACGGCGACUCCGGUCGAAGGCAACUCUGCCAGAAGUUCCGGAAUCUGUUUGAGCGCGGCCAGACGAACCGGUUCAUUCUAGAACUGCUGGACAUGGGCGACCUGCUCCGAGUGUGCGUGGAACACGAUAACUCCGGUCUCAGUCCUGGUUGGCUUCUGAGCAGGAUCGAGAUUACGAACACGGCCAAUGGAGUGACGACAAUCUUCACGUGCGGGAAAUGGCUGGACAAGAACAAGUCAGAUGGGAGGAUAAAACGUGUGAUCUACCCAAAGUAUUGACAUUAAAUCAACCAAAACAACGUUCCAAGCAGUAUUACUAAUGCUCAAUAUUAUAUCAAUCAUAAUGCCACGGGACAAAAUUAUUUUCAUGGUUGUUGUCAAUAUGUCAUAAUUUAGAGUCAUGAGAUAAUUCCCGGAUGAAGUAUGCUCGGAAAUUCCUUUAUACUACUUACCUGCAUACCUAAUGGCUGAGUAGUGCGUUCUUCAUCAAAAUUAUUAUAUACCCUGACAAGCGAUUCGAACGACCUAGUCGGCAUUUUUGCAAUUCUGUUUAGUGGCAGUGGCACAAAUAUGAUACACUUCAUCUUUAAUUCUGAUUGAAAUGACAUCAAGAGAUUGUGCCCUGGAUUCUGAGAGCACGUAAUAUUAAUAUUUGGUUUGAAUAUACAGCAAAACAUCUUGAAGGCAUUUUUCCACUGGAAUGAAUUCGUAUAAUCACUCGUUGACCUCAUAAUGGCAGCUGCGUUACCGAGCAGGAGAAAGAAGUAGCAAUUAAAGGAGUAACUGAGUUUACACCAUCAUCUUUAUCCGGCCAAUCUAAUCCACCUUCCUAAAAAAUACAUUAGGAAAACAUCAGCCCAUUUACAUUGCUCAGAUUGUUGUAUAAUACAGCAGAAUAUUUUGAUUGAUUCUGGUUUUAUGAUCAUGAGACUCCUCAAGAUUCACCUCAGCGCUUCGCAAAUCACUCAGAAAAACUUUGAAAACCUUUUUAGAUGGAGUUUUCCGUAAAAUUCCAGCUUCUCUCCCUGCUUCCAGAGUGCCACCUUCCUGUACAUGUUGCUGAUGUGCCUUUAAAGUUUGAAUGAUUUUAUGGAUGUGUGAAAGAAUACAUUGUUUGUUUUUUAAUGUUAUUAAUUUGUACUUAUCGUUACCUCUGUGAGGCUGAAUUCUCACACACAUGAGAGAACACAUAAGUUGAGAAGUGCAUGUGUUUGUUGCUAAAUUUGUCCAGUAAAACUCAAUCCUG